AUGCUUCGUUUUUCCAAGUCUUUGUUAUUAUUUACUUUUAAUAAUAAAUCAAAAAUUAUUUUAACUAAACAAUUAACAAACAUUAGUUUAAAUACCUUAAGUGAUAAUCUAAAAGCCACUUCUCAGCCUAAACGUGUAGGUCGUGGGCCUGCAUCAGGUGUGGGCAAAACAAGUGGAAGAGGACAAAAAGGACAAAAAGCAAGAGGCGGUACUCGCAAUCCAAGAAGAGGAUUUGAAGGUGGUCAAACGCCUAUUACUAAAGCUUUUCCAAAACGUGGAUUUCAUAAUUAUAAUGCCAAAGUUUAUGCACCUUUAAAUACAACAUUGGAUAAAUAUGGAGUGAAACUAUUGGCUGAUGGAUCAGAAUAUUUUAAUGCUCGGAUUAAUAUUGAAGUGGCAAGAGCAUCACAAAAAGCUAUUAAAGCAGUUGAAAGGUGUGGCGGUAUGCGUGGUAUUCAAAUCCGAUUAACAGAGGAUAUUUGGUUAAACAAGAAACCAAAAAACUUU